CACCACCCUCUCGCCACAGAAACUCCAAUCUGGGACACAAGUGGAAUGCCCCCAUAAACCCUGCAACUGGAGGAAACCCCUCAUAUCCAACUGCCCCUGACAGGAGCCUGGAUCAGGGAGCCAGUAACCAUCCUGUCUAUUCUGAACAUGCAUCCACACCCCAAGAAACAAAAAUUGAAGAUCCACCAGCCCCUGCUCUCGACACAAAGCAGGAUGUGGAACAAAAAGACCGUAGAACUCUCUUCAAUCCCAACGCAUUGCCCUUCAUUCCUAGGGCAGUUGAAGUCAGGGAAAUAGUCAAACAAUUUACGCCUGUGGAAAGCACUAACACUCAGUCAGGAAAUCAAAGUCCUCAGCCUGAAGUUCAAGAUGCAAAUCCUGCAAACGUGUUUGCCAGUGAGGACACGACAUCAAGCACUGAUGUAAACGACAUCGAAAAGGAGAUAACUGAACUGAGAAAUCAGAUGAGGGAAAAAGACAAACGUCUUUCUGAGUUGAAGGAACAAAGAGAGAUGGGAAAGAGACGUCUUCAGUCUCAGCAGGCAGAACUUGAAGCCAAAAAGAGUCACCUGAAGAAAGAGACCAAGUUUAAGGAGACGUGUGGACUUAGAGCUGCUGCUCUCAGAGAUAAACUGGAGAGACUACAACAAGCAGCUAAAGCAAAGCAAGCAAGUGAGGAUAGGAAGACGGAGGCUCACACGCUGGCAUUGGAAAAACUGGCAAUGCUGAAGAAAGAGCUUCUAGAAAAAAGAAAUUAUAACCUGGAACUGACACAGAGAUUAAAAAUGGAAGAGGAAGAGGAAGCAGAACCAGAAGUCGUGAAGGAUCAGAUGGAAGCUGAGGAAAUCACCAUCUCAGCACCUGUUUCAGAACCAGAAGUGGUGAAGGAUCAGGUGCAGGAUGAGGAAAUCGCCAUCCCAGUACCUCUUUCAGAACCAGAAGUGGUGAAGGAUCAGGUGCAGGAUGAGGAAAUCACCAUCUCAGUACCUCUUCCAGAACCAGAAGUGGUGAAGGAUCAGGUGCAGGAUGAGGAAAUCGCCAUCUCAGCACCUCUGUCAGAACCAGAAGUUGUGAAGGAUCAGGUGCAGGAUGAGGAAAUCACCAUCUCAGCACCUCUUCCAGAACCAGAAGUGGUAAAGGAUCAGGUGCAGGAUGAGGAAAUCGCCAUCCCAGUACCUCUUCCAGAACCAGAAGAGGUCUCGAAACAGAUAGAGCUGGCAUUGAAGAAACUGGCAACGCUGGACAAAGAGCUUCUAGAAAAAAGACAUUAUAAACUGGAACUGACACAGAGAUUGAAAAUGGAAAAGAAGGCAGGACCAGAAGUGGUGAAGGAUCAGGUGCAGGAUGAGAAAAUCACCAUCUCAGCACCUCUUUCAGAACCAGAAGAGGUCUUGAAACAGACCGAGGCUGAGAAAACUGACGCUUUCAUAGCCCCUCAGAUGGAAAAUGAAGACUCUGAGUCUGGACAUCACCUCAGGGAACAACCAGACGCUUUGCCAUCUGUAGAGACCAAGCAAAAGAAACGGUCACUGUGGAAGUGCUUUAAAAACUUGUUUACACCCCGCCACAGACAGAAAAACAAACCAAAGGCAUAGAUGGUGAAGAUGCAGCUCUUGUUGUUGCAUUGCUGCAACCUACAGCUGCCAACAAAAUAAGCCUUUGACGACCAAAAUAUCUGUUUAUUUCCUUUUUUUCUACUUCAAGCCUUUUCUAUCACUUUUAUUUUAUUUUA